UUCCGCGCGCUGCCCCCUUCUGGCCUUUCCUCUCCUUCUCCGGAAGCGGAAGUCGUCUGGCGACAGGGGGAUGCGGAAGUGCCGGCGACGGCGGGGCAGCUCGGUUGCCCAGCGGUUGCCACCAUGGCAGCGGCUGAGGGCCCGGGAAAAGGCAAUGGCGGCGGCGGGAGCGGGAGCCCGGCGGCCUCAGGAGGUAACCGACAGCUGAAGUACAUCAGCUUAGCUGUCUUAGUGGUGCAGAAUGCCUCCCUCAUCCUCAGCAUCCGCUAUGUUCGCACGCUGCCUGGGGACCGCUUCUUUGCCACGUCAGCAGUGGUCAUGGCUGAAGUCCUUAAGGGAGUCACCUGUCUGCUCCUUAUCUUCAUUCAGAAGAAAGGUAACGUGAAACAGUUUGCCAGCUCCUUGUAUGACUCCAUCGUGGUGCAAUACAUGGACACACUCAAACUAGCAGUGCCUUCUCUCAUUUACACCCUCCAGAACAACCUCCAGUAUGUGGCUAUUUCCAACCUGCCUGCAGCCACGUUCCAGGUCACUUACCAACUGAAGAUCCUCACCACAGCUGUCUUCUCAGUGCUAAUGCUCCGCAAGAGCCUGUCCCGUCUCCAGUGGCUCUCCCUCAUGCUCCUUUUUGCCGGUGUGGCCAUUGUCCAGGUGGAGCAGCAGCAGGCAGGGGGCAAAGGAACCCCUGGGGGCCAAGGGACACAUCAGCAACAGAGCUACAUUGUGGGGCUGGUGGCUGUGGUGGUGUCGUGCCUCUCGUCCGGCUUUGCCGGAGUCUAUUUUGAAAAGAUCCUCAAAGGCAGCGCAGGCUCGGUCUGGCUUCGUAACGUCCAACUGGGCAUCUUCGGGACCUUGCUGGGGCUGUUGGGCAUGUGGUCCACGGAUGGGGCAGCUGUAGCUGAGCGUGGAUUCUUCUUUGGCUACACCUCGCUGGUCUGGGCCGUGAUUCUGAACCAGGCCUUCGGGGGCCUUCUGGUGGCAGUAGUGGUGAAAUAUGCGGACAACAUCCUUAAGGGCUUUGCCACCUCCUUCUCCAUCGUGGUGUCCACCGUGGCUUCCAUCUACCUCUUUGACUUCCACCUCAACUUGCCCUUUGCUCUAGGAGCAGGGCUGGUCAUAGGGGCCGUCUACUUGUACAGCUUGCCCAAAGGACCUUUGACCAGCCGAUCCUUAAUGGGGACUGCUGUGCAGCAGCAGGGCCACCCAGCACAGAGCAAGGAACUUCCUUCCGUGACGACAGACGGCUUCCUGACCAAGAUUUCAUCUAAAGAAAAAGGAUCUUAAAGUAUUGACAGAGACAACCGGCAAGACCUCAGUAGGGUUUCAUCUCCGGCACUUUGAAGGGCUGAAGAAAUCUAAGUUACAGAUUUGGCUUUGACACUUUGUAGGAGUCUUAUUUUACAUCUGUUCGGAAACCUCCCUCAUGAUGGCAGCUUUUUUGGUUUUGCCCGUCAUAUAGAAGAGGAAUCCACAUGCUUUCAGUUCAAACUGGCUGUCCUUUGAGGCCUGGUUCACACAGCACAAUUCAUGCCAAAAAGCAAGUGAGAUCGAGCAAUGGUUUUCCAUUUGUGACCAUCACAGAACAGCUAUCCAACUUAACAUUUUUUACAUAGUGGGGCAGCCAUGAUUGCUUCUCAUCCCAGUCAUCAGGACUUGUUUUGAACUAUGACUUGCACCUUCUGAAGGUCUGAUUUAGUUUACAUUUCAAGAACUUCUCCUGCACUCCAUCAUAAAACAUUGUCAUAGGUUACAGCAUUUGAAACACUGCCGUAUGUUCUUUUCUCUCCAUGCCAAAAAGCAAGUGAGAUCGAGCAAUGGUUUUCCAUUUGUAACCAUCACAGAACAGCUAUCCAACUUAUUAUUUUUUACAUAGUGGGGCAGCCAUGAUUGCUUCUCAGUCCCAGUCAUCAGGACUUUUUUUGAACUCCGACUUGCACCUUCUGAAGGUCUGAUUUGGUUUACAUGUCAAGAACUUCUCCUGCACUCCAUCUUAAAACAUUGCAGCAUUUGAGACACUGCCGUCUGUCCUUUUCUCUCCAUGCUCAUGCCUCUUUUUCCAUCGUGAAGAGACUCAUAAUGCUCAAAUUAUUUGUGAAAUUUUGAGCAGUCCUGAUAAUGUGUUAUCUUAUCUGGUUGUGAUUAAGGUUUUUAUAUAUAUUUUUUCUUGGACCAAUUUGGGGAGGAGAGCCAUCACAGCUCUGUUGCAUUUUCAAGUGGUCUCAGACAAAUGCUUUUCAGUGGAGUCCAUUACCUGAUGCCAGUCAUAGCAUGGAGUUUAGAGGUACAUUAUGGAGUUUAUGUCUAUACACACUUUGUGACAUAGGAAUCCUCUGAACAGUAUUUUGUUUGUGAGGAUUUGACUGUUCGGUCCACUACAGCCUGGGAAUCCUCUGGCCAAUCAGAUAUUGAACUACAACUCACAGCAGCUUUAGUAAGGAACAUGAAUAGAGAGGAAUGUUGGGAGCUGCAUAUUCGGAGAGCCAAGGUUUUUAUCUUAUCCACAUCUUUCUGCAUCUGUGGAUAGGGAUUGAUUUCCAGUUGAAGGUUACUCCCUUGAAACCACAAGCUCAAAACCAGUGUUUAAUUGCUGCCAAAGCAUGGUUUGUUCUACUGAGAGCCAAACAACUUAACCAAAGUGUUGUUGAAGGCUUUCGUGGCCAAAAUCACUGGGUUGCUGUGAGUUUUCCGGGCUGUAUGGCCAUG